GACACUGAUAAAGACGGUAACUAGCUAGUAAAGGAGUGCACGGGGAAAGAUGAUGACGGACAUUGGGCCACAGACAGGUGAAGAUGACAGCUGUUAUUGACUGAAUGACACUUUUUAUUUUUGCCUUUGACAGUGUGUGUAUACCACUUUGACUACAAGAUUCUGCAGAAACCAGUAGAUCUGCACAGAGCAACAUACACAUAAUCUGUAGGCUGGCCAGGUGUAAGCUACAGGUUUAGGCACAGAUGCAUAUAGAUGGGACAGAGGGACAGGUCCAGGCUAACAAACAGGUUUUGGGGAUGAAGGAGAGAGGGCAGGUACCAGACAAAGAUCCCUGGCCAGUGGCACCAGAGGUCAGAAAGAUGGGGGUUAAGGGACCCAGCUUUAAGCCCCAAAUGGAGGGGGUGAAGCGGACUCUGAGGGUGACGAACCCCUUGGCUCGGGAGUGUUUGGGAGAGCUGAUGGGAACAUUUGUUCUGCUGAUGUUUGGCUGUAGUGCAUCAGCCCAGGUGAAGACCAGUAGAGAGACUAAGGGACAGUACCUCUCAGCCAACAUGGCCUUCUCUGUAGGGGUCAUGUCUGCCAUGUACCUCUGCAAGGGGGUCUCAGGAGCCCAUCUGAACCCAGCGGUCACUCUGAGUUUCUGUUCGUUGGGCAGGGUUCCCUGGGUGAAGCUGCUCCCAUACUCUCUGUGUCAGGUGCUGGGAGCUUACCUGGCCUCUGGUCUGGUCUUCCUGGUCUACUAUGAUGCUAUCAUGGACUUCAGUGGAGGGAAUUUGACAGUGUAUGGGGCUAAUGAGACCGCGUCCAUCUUUGCCACCUAUCCCUCCGACCACCUAUCUCUCAGUAGCAGCAUCCUAGACCAGGUGGUGGGCACUGCCAUGUUGAUGCUUUGCAUCCUCCCAUUGGAUGACCAGAAGAAUAGUCCUGCCCCCGACGCUCUGAUCCCGCCCAUCGUUGCCGUGGUAGUCCUGGGGAUCGGCAUGUCGAUGUCGUCCAAUUGCGGCGGAGCGAUAAACCCUGCCCGUGACCUGGGGCCACGCCUCUUGACACUGACCGCCGGCUGGGGCACUGAGGUGUUCACGUGUUAUAACUACUGGUUCUGGGUUCCCAUGAUGGCUCCUCUGCUGGGAGGGAUGGUGGGCUCUGGGAUGUAUCUGGUCUUCAUCGCAUGGCACCUGCCCGACCUUCCAACGAACCCUCCCAUAGACAGCGCCUCUACCAAGCCCACCACGGAGGUGUGGAAGCAGCCCCCAGCACCAGAGAAGGAAGGGGUAGAGUUGAAAACUGCAGUUUUCUAGAAAGGGUAGAGAGAGUCAGGAUCUGGUGAAAAACUGGUGAAUCAACGUUGUUUCCGUGUCAAUUCAACACCCAAGAUUAAUGUGAUGAUGUUGAAUCUAUGUGAAAAACUGAUUGGAUUUGCAAAAACUCAUCAAUAUAACGGCAUUUCAUCUUAUUUUCACCCAACUUUUCACCAAAUUCCAAUGUUUUUGAUUUCACGUUGAAUUCACAUUAGCUGACAACCAAACCAAAUGUCAAUCAAAACUAGGUUGAACUGACUGCUUUACCCAGUGGGGAGACAUUUCUCUGGCUGUUUCCUAUAGGAGAAAGGACAUGCUAACAGACUGAUGGGAGAACAUUUGUCCAAGCCUCCUCUCCUGUCAUUUUGUUCUAUUGACAUGCUACUGCUGAUUGAGGAUCAGGUGUAUAUAUUAGUAGUGAGCUUCAAAAACACACAGUCAGAGGUGAAAGGAGAAGUUGAUACUAUGAUUAGAGCCAGUCGUUCUGGUUGUUUUUUGAGGGUUUUAUCUUUGACAGGUAUUUACAACAUUAUCCACUGGGUUUGCUGCAGGGAGAAAAUCAAAGGAAAUGCUCUUUAUUUGAAACAAGCUGUCUCCAAUCAAUAAUUCAUUGUUUGGUUUUGAGUGAGUGUUUCGGGGAGGUGUAGAUCAAGUCAGGGGAGGUGUAGAUCAAGUCAGGGGAGCUGUAGAUCAAGUCAGGGGAGGUGUAGAUCAAGCCAGGGGAGGUGUAGCUCAAGCCAGGGGAGGUGUAGAUCAAGCCAGGGGAGGUGUAGAUCAAGUCAGGGGAGCUGUAGAUCAAGCCAGGGGAGGUGUAGCUCAA